AUGGCUGUGCCUGACAAAGUAAGAGCUAAUAUUUGCAAACGCCAAGAUAGAAUAAAGUAUCAAGGAAAAAUAUUUUUAAAUGUUUUCUUGUAAUUUUUAAGAGUUUACUGCCUAAUGAUCCACCUGUAUGCUAUUCUGUUUGUUCCGUGCCAAUGUCAUUGUUUUAUUUGGAAGAUUCACAAUUAUAGCACGACCUCGUGGAAGUUAAUGGAAGGGCACAAUACAUCUUCCACAGACUUCAUUCUCCAGGGACUGCUAGACAGAGACGACAUCUCAGGCCUUCUCUUCUCCAUCAUCUCCGCCAUCUUCUUCAUCACGCUGAUAGCCAAUGGAGCCAUGAUCCUCCUGACCCACGUGGACGCACACCUGCACACCCCCAUGUACUUCCUGCUCAGCCACCUAUCCUUCAUCGACAUGAUGUACAUCUCCACCACUGUGCCCAAGAUGCUGGUUGACUACCUGCUGGGCCAAAAAACGAUCUCUUUUGUGGGAUGCGCAGCUCAGCACUUCCUCUACAUCACUCUUGCAGGGGCUGAGUUUUUCCUGCUGGGGCUUAUGGCCUAUGACCGCUACGUGGCCAUUUGCCACCCUCUGAGGUACCCUGUCCUCAUGAGCCGCCGGGUCUGUUGGGCAACCAUAGCCGGUUCCUGGUUCGGAGGCUCUUUCGAUGGCUUCCUCCUCACCCCCAUCACCAUGAGCUUCUCCUUCUGCAACUCCCGGGAGAUCAACCAUUUCUUCUGUGAGGCGCCUGCAGUCCUGAAGCUGGCAUGUGCAGACACAGCCCUAUACCAGGCAGCGAUGUAUGUGUGCUGUGUGUUGAUGCUGCUGAUUCCUUUCUGUGUGGUAACCGCCUCCUAUGCCCAAAUUCUGACUGCAGUCCACCGCAUGAGCUCACUGGAGGGGAGGAAAAAGGCACUUGCCACCUGCUCAUCUCACAUGACAGUGGUGACCUUAUUUUACGGGGCCGCCAUAUACACCUACAUGCUGCCUCGUUCUUACCACCAGCCAGCCCAAGACAAAGUCUUCUCCGUGUUCUACACCAUCCUCACCCCGAUGCUGAACCCUCUCAUCUAUAGCCUGAGAAACAAGGAGGUGGCUGGUGCUCUGAAGAGGGCACUGGGCAAGUUCAAGGGCACAUGA